AUGAACGAAGUCCAGAAUGAGAUCCGUCCCGAGAAGAAGGAGCUUUCGGAAACGGAAAACAAAAUGCCCUCGGCUACUGUUGUCAAUAUACUGGACGAAGCUCUCCGGGAGAUAUCAGAAGACAGAGUAGAAGAUCUCGAGACGAAGACGCAGACAGACAUCGUGACGGAGUCUCUUCCCUCGGCAGUCCUAGAAUCCGUCACCGCAGCACCUCUACGGGUCGAGGUGCCGCUACCCUCAACGACGAGCAUCAACAGCACCGCGGCUUCGGUCGCUCCGUCGAAUGUGACUGUGACCACGAUGCCCGCCCAAGUUUUCAGCGGCUCCCAAGUCACGUCUGUGUCAGGCCCUGUUCUCGCGACUCCCAUCAUGGUCACAGGAGUGGUGAUCCCUCGAGCUCCGCUCCCUUCGAAUCUGAUAAGUUUCGUCGACGCUUCUGGGAACAUGCAACUUGCGGCGGUCGCCUCGCCGGUCCUGAAUCCGAUCCACAUACGUCCUCCUGGAGUUGUCGUCAACGCGGGCAACUCAACUCCGAGCCCCAUCGUGGUGAAUUCGCAACCCUCGCCGAGUCCAUGCGCGGCUCCGCUGCCGCAGACCGCCGCGGAUCGUCCGCGCUGCCUGAGCGCGAUAGUGCCGGCCCUGCCUUCGGUGCAACCGCCUAUCUUCAAGAGCACCGUGCGCACCAUCCAGCCGAACAAGAUUGUGAUAAAAAAUAUCACACCACCACUCAAAGCGGAAAAGGAAACCGUGAUUCCUCCUCAGGAGACUCCGGCCCCAACUUCGAAUUUGGUGCAGUCGUCGCAGCCGGUGGUGACGACGUUGAAACAGAACGCCGAGGCAAAAGCCGUCGUCGAGAGCAUCACGAUCGAGUCCAAACAGCUGCCACCGCAGCCUGAAACCUCAGAGAGUCCGGCCAGACCUCCAGUCGACUUGGGAGCGGGAAUCAAGUUGGAGGGCGAAAUUAAAUCAGUGGAAUCGGUCAAUCGGUCAGAGGACGAGGACAAAGUUAACGAUGUCAAGUAUAAAAUUCUGUCUGUCAGCACAUCGCAGGGAAUCAGUAAGGCCGAUGAGCUCGCGAGAACGAAUCUUUUCAAACUGGUAGAAAGCGAAAGCAACGUGGUAAUCACAGCACCCUCGACCGCAGUUCAAGACAUUCUCGAUCAGCUGAAGAAACAGUUCCCGGAUAAGAAGUUCGUUAUCAACUAUAACUCGUCGAAGACCGCGUCUGCCAAUUUGAAAAACCUUGUCCAGGGCGUAAAGGAUGGUGUCGCUGCCGCGGAAAGGGCUCUCAAACGGGCAGACGCCGACAAUUCCGUUGGACCACCGUCCCAGUCUGCGAAACGGCGGAAAACUUCAGCGAAGAAAGCGCAGGUCGAAGCUCCCCCGGCGAAGAAUCCUGUGAAUUACCGCUCAGCGCGACUCAGAGGGGAAAAAGCACCUGACCUGUUCGAAGGGGGUUCGCGGAAACCGAAGCACGAACCCAAGUCCACUUCUAGUCCCACGAAAUCAGGCUCGAACCCGCCUCGUGCAAGAGGUCGCCCGCGUAAAGUCAGAGUCGAAGCCUCCGAAGACUCCACAACGCAACAGAAGAAUGCUUCACAAUGCUUACCAAGGAAUCAAGAUGCCGUAAUGCUCGGGGAAGAGGACUCGACGGCGUCGUCCGGUACCAGCUCGGGUCAAUCGAACGAGUACAACGCCGAGAUCCGCGUCGGGGACGAGUACCAAGCUGUGCUCACGGAAUUCAGCAGGUCGCCGCCACCCGACGAUUAUGAUGAAAAAGCCGAUCUCAUCUAUCAUCCCGAGCAGGGUUUGUUGAAACCGAAUCAUGAGGGGAACGCGAAAGCUGAUGGAUUGCCGCUGUACGAUUUCGUGGAAUGGAGCCACCAGGAAAAACGGAUAUUCAAGAAAUAUCUUGGAGGGUAUAAGACGAAAUUCUUCAAGUAUCUAUCCGUGCUGCCCAAUAAACGGCUCUUGGACGUCAUCGACCACUACUACUCCACGCACAGCCCGGCUCGCGAUUACGUUCUGCCCAAGAAGAGCAAACACUAUUACCUUGUGAGCAAGAACAAGCAGAUCGUCGCUCCGAAGGGAGUGUUCGGGAUCAUAAACGAGAAACGGAAAGUUGUGCCCAACCGGAAAUUCAGUGCCAAUUCCAAUAUCGUCCUCUACGACGAGGCGUUGCCCACCAGAAAGCCCAGAGAGAGCGCGACCCGGAAAGAAAAAGCGAUAUCAAAUGGAAAGCUCUCGAAGAUCGUUAAGUUUGAAGAUGUUAUGAAGCCCAUGCCCAACAGCAGUAGUCAGAAAACAAAGAAGAAGGUCGUAUCAUCGGUUUCGUCGGCGGAGAACUCAGAAAACGAGAGCGAGCUUUCAACGGAGGAGGACGCACUGAGCUAUGGGAUGAAGAAGCAGAGACCCGGCACCGACUUCGGCGACGACGUGAAAGAACUCAUAUCGAAAGAAUCGGUCAGCGAAAUAGAAACUUUGGACGAAGAUCUCGAGAAGCUGAAGGACGAGCUGACGUCGAUGAAGAACGCCUAUAAUCGUAAUAAAGCGGAAGCAGUACAAAUGGAGGCAGAAAUGAAGAAAAUUGCCAAAUCCGUCGAUUCCGUGAACAAGGCUAUUGGCAAGGCCCGGAAAAUUACGGAAACCUGGAGCGAGGAGGACAGACUGUUGACGAUUCAAGCAUUUAAGACGUACGGCAAGGACUUCAAGGCUGUUAGCAGACUCGUCGGGACGAAAAAUGAACAGGCGAUAAAAUAUUUCUACGAUACCAAUGCGCAACGGUACGGCUUGGAUACUCCGAUAGCCUCGAGUAGUAAAGAAGCGGCUGUCGUCGCGGCGCAACCGCCCGCGAGUCCCUCGAAACCCACUGCCCCAGAUUCUCCGGCUCGAGGUCCCCGACCCAUGCCGUCGAUACUUCGAAGAAAAAUUGCAAUGAAACCGCUCAAGUCGUGA